CCGGACACGUCCCAGUCUCCUCGUAUAAAUGGUGACGUUUACUCAAGCGUCUGAUCCGAAACAAGCCAGCAGAGUGAACACAUUGCCAAGCUCGGUACCAAUGCUGCUUUAACAUAUACAAGUGUAUUUAUUCAAAGGAUAUUUUGUUUUCAGGUUUAGCGUUUCUGGAUUUCUUUACGUCAGGAAAGCAUAUAGAAUCUGAGCCUUUCUGUCACUUCAAGUCACAUCAAUUGGUCUGUACAACAGCAUUUCUUUCAAUCUCUCACUUGCACAAACACACCCUCUCUCAUCAAGAAGCAAGAAUACCAAGUGGGCGAGCAAAGAGUCGCAUACUUCCCAGUCUGCACGAUGAAACUGCUGCUAGCCUUUAUGGUGGUGUUUCUUGUUUUAGCAGAACUCUUCGGCGAAGAAGCGGGUACCGGCGAAGAUCUAAAUUAUUGGACAGACAGCAAACAAAUACAGGAUGAAUGGCUGGCACCGGAUUCAUUUAAAGAAAUCUUAAGACGAAUCACAAGAAAACCAAAACCCCAUCAGUUCUUCGGUUUGAUGGGGAAACGAUCUUCUGCGAACAGACAGAUUACCGGCAAAAGGCAAAAAAUGAACUCCUUCAUUGGACUGAUGGGCAAAAGAUCUGAAGAGCCUGAUUAUUUUGAAUGGAGCCCAAUACAAAAUUAUGAAGAAAGACGUUAAAAAAAAAAUGCAUUUUUCUGAAUGUCAUUCCUUCAAAUUGCCAGAGGAGGGCGAUAUAUCCUUUCAUUUUAUCUUUUUUUUCUAAUUAUUGUUCUGUAAAGUUGUACCUCUAAUAAAUGUAUUAUUUUCAUAUUGUGUCAUUGCUACACAUUGAAUACCAAUAUAACAGCUGAAACAACAGGAAGAAAUCUGGAUUUCAAUACAAUGUAUGUAAUUGAAUUGUCUGUAUUCAAAUGAACCAGUAUUUGCUGAUUGAAACUAAAACUAGAACUUUUUGGUUAUUGAUUGUGAGUCAUGCCUUUUCCCUGGGAAUUAUGCACAGUAAAAUUGUAAUGCAUAGUGCCUCAUUCUAUUUCCAUGACUUGUAACAUGGUUUAUGUAUUCAUAUAAACAUAAAUAUAUUUCUGCUGUUACACCAUGUCUUACGCGUUGUGAUUGUAUAUUGUUUUUAUUUCUAAACCAAGGUGUUUGU